CACGUGACCCAAAGGGUCACAUGGCUAGUGGGAAAACAUGGCUGCGCCCGCGCUAGCACCGGCUGGAGGACGAGCCCCCGGGCUCGGUCUCGUUCUCUCUUUGCCUCUGCUCUUGCUGCUGGGCCGGGCGGCAGGGGGCGAAGAAGUCGGGGCCGAGGCGGGCGCGGCGUCCCUCGCGGGCUCGUGCGGUUGUGGCACUCCCCAGCGGCCCGGGGCCCAUGGCAGCUCGGCGGCCGCGCACCGAUACUCGCGGGAGGCGAACGCCCCGGGCUCUGUAGCCGGAGAGCGACCGUUCCCGCCCACCAAGAUGGUCCCCAUCCCUGCCGGAGUAUUUACAAUGGGCACAGAUGAUCCUCAGAUAAAGCAGGAUGGGGAAGCACCUGCGAGGAGAGUUGCUAUUGAUGCCUUUUACAUGGAUGCCUAUGAAGUCAGUAAUGCUGAAUUUGAGAAGUUUGUGAACUCAACUGGCUAUUUGACAGAGGCUGAGAAGUUUGGUGACUCCUUUGUCUUUGAAGGCAUGUUGAGUGAGCAGGCGAAGUCUGAUAUCCAACAGGCAGUGGCAGCUGCUCCCUGGUGGUUACCUGUUAAAGGCGCUAACUGGAGACACCCAGAAGGGCCCGACUCUACUGUCCUGCACAGGCCAGAUCACCCGGUUCUUCAUGUCUCCUGGAACGACGCCGUUGCCUACUGCACAUGGGCUGGGAAGCGGUUGCCCACGGAAGCCGAGUGGGAGUACAGCUGUCGAGGAGGCCUGCAAAAUAGACUCUUCCCCUGGGGCAACAGACUGCAGCCGAAGGGCCAACAUUAUGCCAACAUUUGGCAGGGCGAGUUUCCUGUGACCAACACCGGCGAGGACGGCUUUCGAGGGACUGCGCCUGUUGAUGCCUUUCCUCCCAAUGGUUACGGCUUAUACAAUAUAGUAGGGAAUGCCUGGGAGUGGACUUCAGACUGGUGGACCAUUCACCAUUCUGUUGAAGAAACGAUUAUUAACCCAAAAGGGCCCCCUUCUGGGAAAGACCGGGUGAAGAAAGGUGGAUCCUACAUGUGCCAUAAG